GCCUCCGUGUUCGGAGCUGCGCUGACGGAGCACACCAACGCUCGCGACGACAGGAUCAGUGACGUGGUCAAGAGGUUUGCUCCGUAUGGUGGAGCAUCAGCCGGUGCCCACGCUGGAGCAGAAGCUGGUGCUGGAGGCUUCGGAGGCUUCGGUGGAGCACAUGCCGGAGCCCACGCUGGAGCAGAAGCUGGUGCUGGAGGUCAUGGAGGCUUCGGCGGGGCACAUGCCGGAGCCCAUGCCGACGCUGGAGCAUCCACAUUCUCGCAUUACGGCAAACGCUCCGUAGAUUCAGACUCAGACAAAGAGAUCGUCCACGUGAGCAAGAGGUUUGCUCCGUACGGUGGAGCCUCAGCCGGUGCCCACGCUGGGGCAGAAGCUGGUGCUGGAGGUUUCGGAGGAUUCGGCGGAGCACAUGCCGGGGCCCAUGCUGGAGCUGAAGCUGGUGCUGGAGGUCAUGGAGGCUUCGGGGGGGCACAUGCCGGAGCCCAUGCCGACGCCGGUGCAUCCACAUAUUCGCAUUACGGCAAACGCUCAGUAGAUUCAGACUCAGACAAAGAGAACGAAGGUCAAAUCAUCCACGUGCAAAAGCGAGGCGUGGCACACGCUGGUGCUCAUGCCCAAGCCAGUGCGAGUGCAGGAGCCCAGGGACAUGGAGGCGGGUACGGUGGUGCCGGAGCUCAUGCAAGCAGUCACGCUGGUGCUUCAUCGCACGUCGGGCACCACCACGGCAAGAGGUUUGCUCCGUACGGCGGUGCUGGCGCCGGGGCCCACGCUGAAGCGGGAGCAGACGCAGGAAUUCACGGAGGAUUUGGAGGGGGCUUUGGAGAGGCCCACGCUGGAGCAGAAGCCGGUGCUGAAGGUUACGACGGCUUCGGCGGAGGACAUGCCGGUGCUCAUGCUGGAGCAGAAGCUGGUGCCGGAGGUUUCGGAGGCUUCGGCGGAGGACAUGCCGGUGCCCAUGCUGGAGCAGAAGCUGGUGCCGUCAUGGAGGCUUCGGCGGAGGACAUGCCGGUGCCCAUCGUGGAAGCAGACGCUGGUGCGUGGAGGUUUCGGAGGCUUCGGCGGAGGACAUGCGGUGCCCAUGCUGGAGCAGAAGCUGGUGCGGGAGGUUUGGAGGUUCGGGCGGGAGGACAUGCCGUGCAUCUGAAUGCUGGAGCAAGCUGGUGCUGGAGGAUUGCUGUGGAGGCUUCGCGUGGAGCCAUGCCGGCGCUCAUGCUGAACGCAGGAGCAUCCACAUACUCGCAUUACCGGCAAACGCUCCGUAGAUUCAAGACUCAGACAAGAGAUGUCACG